AUAAAAUGAUUUAAAAUUAAUUAUAAUUCACACAUCAGGAAAAUUCAUUACUCAGACCUAAAAUGUUGGGAGAAAUUAAAUUCGUUAACGGUUAUUCGUCAACCAUAUGUUUAUUACCGCCGUUCUCGCCAUUUGCAUUACUCUUGCGCAAAAGUAGAAUCAAUCGCUCCUCUAGAGCCAUAAGAAUCUGAGACAGACAAAAUGCUUCUCACGACGGCUCUUAUCCGGUGCGGAGAUCGCGAGUCGCACAGACAGUUAAUUAACUUUUCAUUCAUAUCAUCAGGAUAUGGUUAAUCAAAAAUCAAAUGUGCGAGAAACGUACAGGAAACCUUUCGCACGCAGGUCAAAGGCAAGCUGUGCAAUCAAAACAUUAUACGCGUGUAUCUCUUGAAAUCUUCCGAUUCAUCAUCCUGAUAUACUUUUCAUCACCACAAUACGGCCUUGUUAUACAAGACUCGCUCGACGCAUGCGCCGCGCAGGAUCGAAUCAAGAGAGCGAACCGCACGUGAGAUUAUUGUAAAAAUUACGAACUAAAUUUCUGGUUCCUUGCUAGUUCGAUUGUGUUAUCGAAUUUGCAGGGACAGAGGAACCGCUCCAAUUUCACCGCGAAUCCCGACGCACCAUUCUACAUUCCGCAUCUCACGCGAUAAUUCCAUUUGAAAUGUCCACCGUGGUAAACCCAGAUGUCGCCAUGAGUCGGCGAACGCCGUUGGCAGUACGGCCCUGGCGCGCCGACCACGACGGUCGCGCGUAGCGGUUAUUUGUCGGCAGCAGCGGCGGUACGGCGCGGGCCAUAGUCGAUGCGAAGCGUUCGGUGAGGUGAACGGUUGCCGACGUGACUCGGUUGGCCGGCGAACGACGGAGCAUCAUUCGAGUCGAGCGGUCGCGAGCGAGCGUGGCGGUCGAUAGUGCGCCGAGAGGUAUGGCCGCGUGAUGCGAUUGUUUGUUCGUGGCGCUUCGCGUGCCGACGUCGUCACACAGGACGACAGCUGAGGAGCGCGCGACAAUUGCUGCUACGAACAGGUACGAGGGACAGGAGUGCGCAGCACAGCCGAGACCAAAAUGUGGAGUCCGACGCACGUUCAAGUGACAGUUCAGAGAGCCAAGGACUUAUUGACCAAAGGAAAACACAAGACCAACGAUUGCUUCGUGACAAUCGCCCUCGGCAAGGAAAAGUACCAGACGUCGGUGAAGGAGAAGGCUGUCAAGGACGUGGAAUGGCACGAGGAAUGCGAGCUGCUAAUUCCGGAACAGGGUAACACUGCGGAAAUCGUCCUAACCGCCCUGCACCGUAACUUUCUGGGUGUUGACGAGUUCCUCGGCACGGUCAGCAUACCUCUUUCCAGUUUCGAUGUGUACGAGAGGCCCAGGAACAGAUGGUACGCCCUUAACAGUAAACCAGGCAAAGAGAACACGAAAGAGAGAGGCGAACUCGAGGUGAGAAUCGGCUUCAUCGUGAAAGCUGGAAGCCUGACCGAUCUAACCAGAAAAGAGCGUCACAAAAGCUCGCUGGGCCAGCUGUCCACCGCCGCGCAAUCGAUCGGCGGUAGUUUACUGAGUAUCGGCAGUCUGGAGAAGCGCAAAGGCCUCAAGAAACUAGCGAAAUCGAUCGGAAACAAAGUCAAAGGUAAAAGUAAGAAUCGACUCGAUGUUGACAAUCUCGACGAGAAGGAGGAACACCAAUUCACCAGGAUCACUCGGCAGGAACCAGGCGAGGCUGAUCCCGGAGUUAUCAGCGAGGACGAGGAUGAAUUCACGUUCGACGAUUUGUCUCACAAGAGCUCGGCCUCGUCUCUGAACGCACCCGUGCCAGGUGUGAACGGCGGUAGUACCAAUGGCAUCGGCAUUCCGAAUGGCUCGCAGAGCAACGUCUCCAGCGAGGUGCAUCACACUCCACCGGUGCCGGUUAACGCCGCACCGAACAAACCGCCACGAUUUGUCAUGAGCGCGUCUACGACGAACCUAUCAAAGGUCGGCAGUGCGAAGGACGACGAAUGGGGCUUGAAGCUCUACGGCAAGCAGGCCAGCAGUGUUCCUAAGAGAUGGGAAAAUAAGCCGAGUCCUAAGAUUGUGGUGAACGAACCGCAGGACAACAAACACGACGCUUCGCCGGCUCGCUCACCAUCGCCGGCGUUUAGGUUGAAGGAACCACCGGAACCGCCCAGUCCGGCGCCGAGGGAGAUCCUGCAGCCGAAGAACAAGGACGAGAAGUUCGCCUCGAGCAAGGAGAAGCUACUGAAGGAGGAUAAGCUGAGGGACAAAAAGGACGACAAACUCGGUACGCGCAGUCCCAAGGAGGAGAAGCACGCGAAGAAGGACAAGAAGAGGGACAAGGAGAACAAGUUCAACGACGAGAAUCACCUGUCUUCCGAAAGAAUCAUCAUCGGCGGCGAAGACGCAGUCAAGAAUGCCGCGAACUCGAAGAGCCGCCUACCGCACGAGGUCCUGAAUCAGUUUGAUGGAAAGUCGAGAGAGGAUCUAAUAGAACUGGCGCUGCAUCUGCAGGCGCAGAUCACGGAGAAGAACAAGAGACUCACCGAUCUGGAAGAUUACAUCGAUGCAUUGCUGUUACGCGUGAUCGAGUGCUCUCCGCGAUUACUUCAAAAUCCGUACAUGUCGCAGAGACGACUGUCGUCUCCCGGACAUCAGUAAAUUCAACGUUUAACGACGAAGCUUUCCUAAUUUUAACUAAGGGGCCACCCAUUGUGCUCGCCUGUACACCUCUUCUCGAUACCUUAAUGAUACUUUCUAGACAUGACUGAUGCAGCAAAUGGCUACGUGUUACUAGAAACUUGUUGCUGCGUACUCUAAUUUAUUUCCUGCCUUCUUGAGCUUUAACUUGGCAAAAUGGACGACGAUAUAUUCUCGCAGUGACGUUGCACAAAUGCGUGUUUCCCUGUAUUUAUUUAUGAUAAGUAAACGGUAAUUUAUUAAAACCCGGGUUACUGUCGGCACGAACAAAGGA